AUGAAGACGUGGGGGUACAUGGUCUCAACGCCAUUGUUAUUGCUGUUCCUGGGCUUGCUCCAUGUCUCCUGGGCCCAAAGCAGCUGCACUGGGCCCCCGCGCAUUCCUGGUAUCCCCGGCAUCCCUGGGGUUCCUGGCUCUGAUGGCCAACCUGGCACUCCAGGGAUAAAAGGAGAGAAAGGGCUUCCUGGACUGGCUGGAGACCAUGGUGAGUUUGGAGAGAAAGGGGACCCAGGGACCCCUGGGAUUCCAGGCAAAGUUGGUCCCAAGGGUCCUGUUGGCCCUAAAGGUGCCCCAGGACCCCCUGGAGCCCGUGGUCCCAAAGGUGACUCAGGAGACUACAAGGCUACACAGAAAGUAGCCUUCUCUGCUCUGAGGACCAUCAACAGCCCCCUGCGACGGGACCAGGCCAUCCGCUUUGAAAAGGCCAUCAUCAAUAUGAAUGAAAACUAUGAGCCUCGCAGUGGCAAGUUCACCUGCAAAGUGCCCGGCCUCUACUAUUUCACCUACCAUGCCAGUUCCCGAGGGAACCUGUGCAUGAACCUCGUGCGCGGCCGGGAUCGGGAACGCAUGCAGAAGGUACUCACCUUCUGUGACUAUGCCCAGAACACCUUCCAGGUCACCACAGGCGGUGUAGUCUUGAAGUUGGAGCAAGAUGAGGUUGUUCACCUGCAGGCCACAGACAAGAACUCCCUGCUGGGCCUUGAAGGAGCCAACAGCAUCUUCACUGGCUUUCUGCUUUUCCCUGACAUGGAUGCAUGA